CGUAUAAUUUUAAAAAAUAUUUGAUUACUUUUUUAUUACAUAAAGCGUAAAACUGCACAAAUACUUUCAAAAGAAAUGCAUUGAACCAAAAAGUCUACCAUUCCUUUAAGCAGAAAUUUUAACAUUACCAUCGAACAAAAUUCAUUAAUUCAAACACCAUUUGAAUAAAUGCUGCAAGUCGCGUCACAGCCAACAAAGGUAAGCGAAGUUAUUGAAUCACGAAAGACUAGAAAAUAGUUGACACAGCUUGUUUAGAAUGAUAACUACAAAUCAGCAGAACUGAGCCAAAAAAGACACACCAGCUUCUGAUUAUUUACCAAAAUAAAAUAAACCACAAACAUAUUAAUAACUUAAAUUUCAAUUACGCCUUGUUACGUGUAACAUACAUUUAUCAAGAACUUCUGCGAUUAUUUACGGCUUUCAAAACAACGAAGUUUGGCCAUAGAAUCCAAAAACAUCAACUUGUUUUGAUUGUUCAUUACUUUUAUACGCUCAAUCUCUAUUUUACGGAAACUUGAUUUUUCAUCAGCAUCAUAAUUAUUUGUAUUUCAUUUUCAAAACAAAUAAUUAAAGCUUUAGUUUUAUCGAAUUGAAGUGUUUUAUCUGGUUAUCGUGUUUAUUAUUUGAAUCAAUUCAUUCCUGUUAUCAACAUUAUCGAAAAAAACAACCCAUUUUUUUGACGUAAUCGAAAAAAAAACACUUGGCGUGUCAAAAUGAGCUCAUCUGGUGAAGCGAAAUCAUCAACAGAAACAACAACAACAAAACCAACAACAACAGCCACGCGCAAGAGUACUUCUUCUUCCGGUGUGUUGGACUAUGAGGAGUACAAAAGGAGAGUGAUCGAGGAAGAGAGAUUGAAGAGGCGGAGGAGGACUUCCCACGAUAUCCCCCCUUCCAGCCGAAGUCCCAACGAGGACGAAACUAGUCCGACAGAUGCCAAAAACGAACACGUGGCCAAUUGGCUGACAGCCAACGGGAAAAACAACCAGAAAAAGCAACACUUCGAAAAGACAGUCAGUGAAAUUGACAGAAUAGUUGAAGAACUGAAAAUGAAAGGAGUUCAAGAACCGACCAAACGCGACCACCACUCUGAUUCACUCUCACCGACCGGCAAGAACAAAAAACACGGCAAAGAUAAACACAGUGUAAACAACAACAACAACUUGAAGGGCAUUCUGAAAGACUCUGAAGACCCAUUGCACUUGGCACUGGCAAAAGAGAAUUUGAUGAGAGACGAAAACGGGCAAGAUAUUUCCGAAGAGGACGAGGAACUUUCAGAAUCAGCAGAAAAUUUAUCGCUUGAGGAUUCGAAGAAGAAAUGGAAUGAGGCGCAGAAGACACGCUACGUGAGGGCGAAACAGCCUCGCAAUGUGGAGACAACACUGACUAACGAGGAGAUAUUUGACAAGAGGACACCUGUGGACAAAGAGAGUAAUGGCUGGUGGAAGAGUUACUGCCAACAGGCCAGUCAUGUCCAGUUUGACACCCAUGCAGCACAAAACACACAAAAAAUAUAUUACGAUUCGCAAAAAAUAGUAUUUUGA